AUGCGGCGUGUGGCACUGCUGCGCCCCAUCACAGCACGGCCGUUGCUGCUGCUGCGCACGCCGUAUCGCUGCUUCGGCGGCGCCGCCCCGUACGGCAGCGUCCCCGCAGACAUUGAGCACUCGCGACACGCUCAGAAGCCCCGUGAGGAGGACGUCAUGGGGGGAAAGUCGAAGCGUGCAUCUGCAGCAGGUGGCGGUGGCGACGACGGCGCCGCAACUGAGGCGAUAGGGUACAACCCGUGGGAGGUGCUCGGCGUCAAGCCAGGCGCGUCGAACCAGACGGUGCGGCUGCGCUACCAUGAGCUCAUGCGGCAGGUGCACCCCGAUUUGGAGCCCAACGGUGUCGGCGACAUUCCGCGGCUCAACCAAAUCAACAAGGCGUACGAGAUCAUCACGAAGAGCCCAACGCUGGAUCGCCGCUACCGCAACCUCGUCAGCGACACGCAGUACUUCUACUACAAGGUUCUCCCCGAGUGGAUGGCGCGCAACGUGGAUGAGAUGCCGCGGUAUUGGAGCUGGGUGAAGUGGCGCACCCCUGGCGCGUUCCAGGUGUUCUUGUGGUGCUGCGGCUUCUACAUGGUCGGCCGCUUCUACGCCGCCUUCCCACUACUCACAACGGUGUUCGUGGUAUCGGUGCUGUUUGACAUCCUAUUCCACACUAUGACGGCGCCGGCGACGUGCUCAAUGCUGUUCCUGUACUCCAUCAUGAGCUCGCAGAGCUACGACAUGGCGUGGCUGACAAGUCCCAAGUCGUUCCUGCGCCGUGAGCUCGGCUACUAG